UUGGGACGUUACAGACGGGUAUAAAGGGCUUGUGGAAGGCGGGAGAGGAUGCAGUUUUGAACUGGCGCCGACGCAUAAUAAUUAUUAUAACAACAAUAAUCGAAAUACUGAAACGUGGUCUUCCGUGAUUGGCUUAGGCGAUUUCGAAUUGCCUCUUCGCUUCUCGUUCCGGGGUGGACAGACCUCAUUUGAAAUGGCUGGAGGGAAAGCUGGGAAGGACUCUGGAAAGACGAAGACCAAGACGGUGUCUCGUUCACAAAGAGCCGGUUUACAGUUUCCUGUUGGUCGUAUUCACCGGCACCUGAAAUCAAGGACGACCAGUCAUGGGCGUGUGGGAGCUACAGCUGCUGUGUAUAGUGCUGCUAUCUUAGAGUACCUCACAGCUGAGGUUCUUGAGCUAGCAGGGAAUGCAUCUAAAGAUUUAAAGGUAAAGCGAAUUACUCCUCGUCACCUGCAGCUUGCAAUAAGAGGUGAUGAAGAACUGGAUUCAUUAAUCAAGGCAACAAUUGCUGGUGGAGGUGUAAUUCCACAUAUUCAUAAAUCUCUCAUUGGAAAAAAAGGUCAACAAAAAACAGUUUAAAGGAUGAUCUAUUUAGAACUUUCGAAAGCUCUGUUGUCCAUUGUUAGCGGAUUUCCAGUGGACUUCAUCUGUGAAACACAGUUUUGCCUUUCUUUAUCCUUGAAGAUGGAGCCCAUCAAGCUUUCUAACCAAAAUUCUGCAUUGAAGUCUUAAUCUUAUUUAAGUGUUAAAUGGCUUCAGAGAAGCUAUUGUCUGUAGUGGUUCUUGACUGUUUUAGACAUGUUGGAUUUUAAUGAGAUUCUUGACAUUGUUGCUAAUCUGUAAUUUUUAAUGCUUCAAGUACAUUUAUUCAAUUAUACUAUGAAAUUUAACUACAAAAGAUUUGGACACUAGCAUUGCUAAUUAAAUGAAAUUAUAAAAACUUGAAUUAUAAGCUUUGAUGUCAAUCUCUUGUAGUUAACAAUAAACAGUUCCACAAGAGAGGCAAAAGCAGCAUUGCUUAUGUGUUUUUGUAUAGAACUUCAAGUAUGGUGGAGGAGUUAAAUAAAUGAAUGGAUUGCUUUAAGGCAGUAUGUUUGCACCAUU